AUGACAGGAGCUGGCGACAACAAUGGUCAACGACAACCAAACUUCCUCCAAAAGCUUUACGCUUUCCUUGCUUUGAGCCCUCAUCCUUGUCCCGAAGUUAUAUACUGGGCUUCAGACAGCAGACAACUAGUCAUCGCGCAUCCCGAUAGGCUCGCCAAAGAAGUACUUCCAAAGCUCUUCAAACAUGACAAGCUCGCAUCGUUCGGUAGACAACUAAACAUAUACGGAUUCUCUCGUCUCUUCCCCGGACGACAAUUCAAAGAUGCCAGCGGCAACGUCUCCAAUGCCAGUGUAUGGGCUCAUCCCACCCUCCAUCGCCUUUCUACUCCCGAGGAUUUGUCGACAGUAAAACGAAGAGCUCCACCCAAGCUCGUCCGUACUCGACGCCUAGCAAACGGCGAUAUCGUACGUACUCGAGCUGGUCCUGCUGUCCUCGCGAAGGCCAAAGAAGUGCGCGAAGUUAUGCGCGAAGGUCGACGAAAAAGAGCAGACGCUUGGGCCAAAAAUAAUAGCAACGACAAUCCGGCUUUUAACAUCCACGAACAGUCAGAACAGCCGGCUACGCCCAUAGCUCCCAUCACAACCAUGCACCGUCUUUCGGCCCCAUCUCAACCAGAAAUGCCCCAAAGUCGUCUUCCUGAUAUCCCCGAGAUGCCUGAGGGUCAAGUCCAUCGCAUCGCCCAAGCCCCACCCUCACCGCAAGCCCAGCCGCCUACAAUGAUGUUCCACUCCCAAAACCAAUCCCCAGCCGACCUCGCAGUAUCCAACCACCCUUUGUCUCUCAUGUCUCCUCCCUUGACAUCUCGUCUAUACCACUCCGCCCCCGCGUCGAUCCAAACAUCACCUGGGGCACUGCCAAGUACGAUAGACGAAUGGAGAGCGUUUCUUGCGCCAUCGGUUUCCCUUGCCGCCCCUCGUAUGGAGGAGCAGCGCGGGAUUUCUGUACCUCGGCAUGGGAGUUUACAGAUCGACGCCGCGCUGGCGAAUACUUCCAUUGGCGGAUCGUGUACCGGUGAUCAGUCGAUUGCUACUCCAGCAGCGGAUCCACCCACGCCCUUCUCCUCUUCCAUCGACAGACCCGUCUUCACCGCUCCCUAUGUCAACUCGCAAUCGCUUGCCAAUUCAGUGAUCUCAACGCCUCUUCCCACUCCUCGAUUCUUCGGUUCGGUAGAUAGUACUUCGUCGGCUUAUGUUGCAGAACCUCCAUUCACAGCAUCUACUGCUCAACUUUCUACAACGAGCUUGUCUGGUGUCAAUGAUGAUAUAACAGGCGUAGGGAUGCGACGCGAUAGUGAAUUGUCCAACGGGACUAUAGACCCAAGAUGGAUAAGUCCAGCCCAAAGCGGCUACAGUACCCCCUCUUUUACGGCAUCAGCAUCUCCGAUGCAGGCAAUGGAUCAAGGAAUAGCUCAUCAAUAUACCAGGAACGAGCCGCUCGGAUUGGACGGAAGCAACUUGGACGUCCCUUUCGACCAGUCAAAGCUGUUCCAAGAGCCGAUGGUGUUGGAUGACGAUCACCAGCUUGUACCCCCGCCUUUCAAUUGCGCACAUCAUGGAUAUAACGUCGGUUAUCAAGCAGAUGGCGUAGAGGGACGUCUCACUAAGCAAGUCGCUGUCAACGGCGACCAGAAGCACACGUUGAUUGAUGAAAAGAACCACUUCGUUAUUCAAAACCGACCGUAUAACCCGUGCUUGACUAGAGAGCCGUCUACCGCUCCCCCCGCACAACAGACCCAGACCCAACAGCAAAUCAGCUACAAUUUUCUACCCCAGCAAAUUAGCCGAUUCCAGAAACCUUUCUCGGCUUUCGAUCAUGCCCACACCCCUCGGCUAAACACAUUCACAUCUCAAUCAGUCACGUUUGCUCAACAGCAACAAUAUACAAAAACCAAUACUUUCGAGAAUCCUUCCUUCGAUACUCCAAAUUGGUUCAACAUCAACGCCGUCAAUGGCACACACAUGUAA